AUGGCGCCCCUUCCGUUUGCAAGUUUCGUCACAUUCACCAAAACAUGGCACAAUAGGCCUUACCCGGCCAUCUCGCCUACGAGGCCGGAGGUGUCCGCUGCUGGGAAGAACGUCGUCAUCACAGGUGGAGGAACUGGCAUUGGGAAGGCUACCGCCAUUGCCUUUGCUACCGCGGGCGCCAGAUCCGUCUCCAUCAUAGGGCGUAGAGUCGACCGUCUCCAGACGGCUGCGACAGCAAUCACCGAAGCCAACCCCUCGACUCUUGUGGUUCUGCAGUCGGGCGAUGUCACGAAUCGUGGAUCCCUCGAGGCCGCUCUGGAUGCCAUUGUGGCGAAAAUCGGUGGCGGCGACGGCCGCAACAAGAUUGACAUAUUCCUCAACAAUGCCGGGGUCCUCCCCCAUGAAGCCGGGGUGGUCGACUAUCCAGAAUCAGAGGUCCGGCGAUGUUUCGAGAUCAACUUUAUAGGCUCGUACAAUGCCCUGCAAGUGUUUACUCCGCUAGCAGCGCCCGGCGCAAAGCUCAUUAACGUGGGAAGUGGCAUCGGUCACUGGGCUCCUCUGCCAGAAGUGCCGGGGGUGUGGAGCUACGCGGCCUCAAAAGCAGCGACACUGAAGAUGAUGGAGUAUUACGCCUCCGAGCACCCGAACAUUCAUGUCGUGGGCAUCCACCCGGGCAUCAUCAGCACGGAGAUCAACCCCAAUAUGCCAACGGGCCCGGACUCAGUGGAUUUGCCGGCACACUUUGUCGUGUGGCUUGUGUCGGAGGAAGCGGCGUUUCUGCGGAACAAGUUUGUCUGGGCGAAUUGGGAUGUGGAAGAACUCAAGGCUCGGGCGAAGGAGAUCCAGACGUCGUCUCUGCUGAGAGUGUAUUUGAAUGGUGUCGACAUGUAG